AUGUCGAACGAUAUGAAGUCGGCGUCGAUGGAUCUGAACGGUUCUCGCUGGUGCAGGCGAGAUAACGAUGUGAAGAUCGAGUUUGGCUUUGGAGUACCACUGGGAGCGAUGUCCGCUCACCCUGUGUUCCAUUCCGCUUGGGAUAUCGGUUGUCCAUCUUCUGGCUUCCAUCAAAUGGCCAGAAUGAUGGAUCGCAUGAUGUCUGAGAGUCUGCAGCCGUUUGGAUUUGCGAGGAUGACAACACGACGUGGUGGAGACAAGAAAGAUGAAGGUCCGAGGGAUGGUCUCAGAACCGAAAAGAGCGACAAUAAGAGAGAGAGAAACAAAAACUCUAACACACACGCUGGCAACGGCACUAGACAUCCUCCUACACAAGUUGUUAAACCCACGCCAGUAAAUUCAUUUCAAGAACAAUCAACUGAUCAAAAUAAGCAGACAGAUCCGACUACUGAGAAAUGGGCAGGCACUCUGAGGAAACGAGACCCUGAUAUCCAACCAACGCUACCAUCUAUUGUAUCUCGAAAGGUUUCUGCCACAAAUUCUUCAGUGAGCAGUGGAAGAAAGACACGUUCUGUAGAUCGAAUUCCUAGAACACGACGUCAGCUGGUUCCAAUAAAGCCAAUAGUGCGAAAAAGUGACAUACCAACAGAAGGCGAUGUGACCAUGCUAGAAAAAGACGAAAAGAUAUUUAACACUUCUGGCUAUGAAAUACACUUAGUGGAAACUUUGGAGAGGGAUAUAUUGCAGAAAAAUCCAGAUGUUCGCUGGAGGGAUGUGAUUGGAUUGGACGAUGCGAAGUCUGUGUUGCAAGAAGCCAUGGUACUGCCGCUCGUAAUGCCUGAUUAUUUCAAGGGCAUUCGUCGUCCAUGGAAGGGGGUGUUAUUAACCGGUCCUCCGGGUACGGGGAAAACGUUGCUCGCCAGGGCGGUAGCGACCGAAUGUCGCACCACAUUUUUUAACGUUUCAUCGGCGACUCUAACAUCUAAAUACCGUGGAGACUCGGAGAAGCUCGUCAGACUUCUAUUUGAUAUGGCGGCCUUCCACGCACCGAGCACAAUAUUCCUCGACGAGGUCGACUCACUGUGCGCGGUCCGAGGCGCUGACUCUGAACAUGAAGCGUCAAGGCGCUUUAAAGCGGAAUUGCUCAUUCAGAUGGAUGGUCUGGCUGCAGCAUUUAAUCAAGAUAAGGUAAUUAUGGUACUGGCCGCAACGAACCACCCGUGGGAUAUCGACGAGGCGUUUAGAAGACGUUUCGAGAAACGAAUUUACGUUGGACUACCUGACGAGCCAACAAGAGUGAAGUUAUUAAGACUUUGUCUUCGAGAGGUGGUACUUGCUGACGAUGUUGACUUCACAGAAUUAGCGGCUAAGCUAGAAGGGUACAGCGGCUCCGAUAUUAAUAACAUGUGCAGAGACGCAGCGAUGAUGACAAUGCGUCGCAAAAUAGCCGGAAAAAGUCCCGACCAAAUCCGUCGCUUAAAGCGUUCAGAAUUAGACGCUCCCGUUUCCAAGGAGGAUUUGAAUGUCGCCAUAGAGAAAACACGCCGCACUGUCACGCAAGCGGAUGUAGCGCGUUACACCACCUGGAUACAGAAGCACGGUUGCUCCUAGCGUCGGGCUAAAGCGCUGAAAGCGCUGUUUCGGUGCCUUAACAAUUCUUAGGCGCAGAGUGUUUUGAAAGUGAAUUGACUUUUUGACAUUUUAAAAUGAAUAAUAAUAUAUCUAUCGUGUUCAUAUGCAGUUAUUUAUUAUCGUUAAAAUUAUAAGGUUUUUUUUACUGCUUGACUUUGACGUAUAAACGUUAUUGGAAUAAAGUAGUUUGAUACUUGCGUUGCAAAA